CAGCACAAACAAACCAGUAGCCAAGGCCUUUACAUCUCCAUCUUCUUUCUCUUUCUCUCUCUCAAAAUAAAAAUAAAAAACUUGUCUCCUUCUCUGAAAUAUCCACAGUUUUGCUGCCAUUAGAGGAAGAAUUUUCCGCUUUUCUUAUUGGGCCAACGGUGUGUGUUUCUUUGUACGAGCUUAUCUUUUGAAUUUUGUGCUCCGAAAUCCGAAUCUUACGUAUUUUGUGGUCUUUUUCGUUAUUGAUUUAAGAAUUUUAGAUUCUGAGGUAUCUGAAUUUGGGAGUUAUUAGGAAUUGGGUAUGUGAAAAUUCGAUUUAGUUUGACUAAAUAAACUGCUGAUGAAAUGGGUCAAUUUUGGGAUUGUUUUCUGUUGUUUAGUUGAAAUUCGUAGUUGAAAAUUUGUGGGUUUGGUUUUGUGUUUUGUUGUUGGGGUACAUAGGAUUUGAAUAACUGUUCUGGGUUUGAAAGUUUUCGAUAUGAAAACGGAAGCGAAUAUGGGAGGUGAGAGUUGGAACGAUGAAGAUAAAGCCAUUGUUGCUGCUGUUUUAGGGUCUAGAGCGUUUGAUUACUUGAUUUCAAGCUCUGUUUCUAAUGAAUGCUCAUUAACUUCGUUAGCAAAUGACGAGAAUCUGCAACAUAAGCUCUCAGAUCUUGUAGACCGACCAAAUUCUGGUAAUUUUAGCUGGAAUUACGCAAUAUUUUGGCAAAUCUCGAGGUCGAAAACAGGGGAUUUGGUUCUUGGAUGGGGGGAUGGAUCUUGUAGAGAGCCUAAAGAAGGAGAAGAAUUUGAAAUCGCUCGAAUUCUGAGUUUCCGAUUGGAAGAUGAUAAUCAACAGAGGAUUAGGAAAAAAGUUCUUCAGAAAAUUCAUGUUCUGUUUGGUGGUUUAGAUGAAGAUAGUUAUGCUUUUGGAUUGGAUAGGGUUACUGAUACUGAAAUGUUCUUCUUAAUCUCCAUGUAUUUCUCGUUUCGAAAAGGUGAAGGAGGUCCCGGCAGAUGUUUCUCCUCCGGCCACCACGUCUGGAUCUCCGACGCAUUAAAUUCAACUUCCGAUUACUGCUUUCGAUCUCAUCUCGCUAAAUCUGCCGGCAUUCAAACCGUUGUUUUGGUUCCGACUGACGUCGGUGUUGUCGAGGUUGGAUCCAUUCGUUCGAUACCGGAAAACCCCAAGCUUUUACAAUCAAUCCGAUCUUCGUUUUCCGUCGCUUCAGUAGCUACACCACUUCCAGUCAACAAACGACCCACCACCAAUGCCUCCGAUCGACCCGUCAGGGUAUCCAAAAUUUUCGGACAUGAUCUCAGUUCAACUUUAAACCAGCCACAAUUCCGGGAAAAGCUCGCCGUUAGGAAGCCGGAGGAAACGCGGCUUCCGUUUUCAAAUUGGGCCCAGUUCAACAACACUCCUCAAAAGCCAACACCACAGUUACAAAUCGAUUUCUCCGGCAUUACAUCUCCACCGGUUAGCCGGGAGUCGAAAAUCUCCGACGAAACUCCGGCGAGAGACGAAAGAGAAGCCAUAACCACCAUUCUGGACGAAAAACGUCCUAGAAAACGUGGCCGGAAACCCGCUAACGGAAGAGAAGAACCACUGAAUCACGUGGAAGCAGAAAGACAGAGGAGAGAGAAACUGAACCAGAGAUUUUACGCUUUACGAGCAGUGGUGCCCAACAUUUCAAAAAUGGACAAAGCUUCAUUAUUAGGCGACGCAAUCACAUACAUAACCGAUCUUCAAAAAAAGGUGAAAGAGAUGGAAUCCGAACGACAAUCAGGAUCUCGUUUGGAGAAAAUCGAAGUUCAAGCAGCUCUAGAUGAAGUAAUCGUAAAGGUAACCUCCCCUUUAGAAACCCACCCUAUAUCUAAAGUCAUUCAAACCUUCGAAGAAUCAAAGAUCAAAAUCAUGGAAUCUAAGAUGACUGCAAGAAACGACAUGGUCUUCCAUACCUUCGUUGUCAAAUCUCAAGGCCCUGAACAAUCAACCAAAGAGAAGUUGAUCUCUGCGUUUUCAAGAGAAACAAACUCGUCUUUACAUCCAUCUCCAUGAAAGAUGAAACCAAGGUAAAAAAAAAAAGUUAAAAAAGCAAAAAAAAAGCAAGUUUUAUAUGCUACCAAUUGAUCUUGGAUGUGUAGAGCAGGUAAAAACACUUAGAAACGCUUUUGCGAAUGUCCCUUUUUACGGUUUUAUAUACAGUUUUAUCAAGGUUAAGUGUAGAAAAAUAACAUGUAUGCGGAUAUUUUUAGAUUCGUAUGAUCGUUUCUUGUGGAAUAUAAUUGGUCGUGAAUGUUUGAUGUUA